UUUGACUUCCGAAGCGAAGUUCAUUAACGAACUAACUGUCAUUCCUUAUGACGGCGCUCGUGACGACCAGUUCUGUCAAACUGUUUCCCUUGUUUAUCCUUUUCGCUGCAGCUUUCUGUUUUGUUUUCGUUGAACUAUUUGAAACGAAUUUAAAUAUUAUAAAGAAUAGCCUAACAACUAGACGAUGGCCAACAUCAUUGUUCACAAUGUUCGUCACCAGCAUGCAGGAGCCAAUACCGUUUACUAUGCAUUAUAUGGUCAUUAUUUCCUGGGGAUUUCGAGGAAAAGCUUGGCUGUGAUAUAUGGCAAGUCCGAAUCAACUAUCCACGAAUGGUGUAAAAAAUUUGAGAGAGAUGGGUUUUUUCGACGCAAGCAACGCCAGCAAGUUUAUAAAAAAUUUGGGACGGAAAUGCGAAAAUGGUUGGUGGAACUCUACCAGCGGGAACCAGUUCUGUUCUUAGAUGAGGCGAAACAAAAAUUUCAAGAGAGAUUCCACAAGAAUAUCAGCAUAUCUUCAGUUUGCGUGAUUAUACAUGAAGCCGGAUUCUCUUGGAAAACUAUUGAGAGAAGGGCCAUUCAAAUCAGGGAAGCGGAAAUCGUAAGAUUUGUUAGGGAGCUGCUUUCAAUUCAGUGGGAUUUGUACAAUUUAGUGUUCCUUGACGAAGUUAGCUUCGACAGCAGAGACAUGUUGCGCCGGAAAGGAUAUGGAGUUGUUGGUCGUAAAAUAGUAUUUCGCGGUGAAUUCUGCAGAAAGCCACGGGUUUCUUUUUUAUGUUUCCUAGGUGCUGGUGGAAUGCUGGAUAGCUUCUGGACUGAAGGCACAUUUAAUCGUCGUAAGUUUUUCGAUUGCUGCCGCAGUUUCGCUAUGCAUAACGCACAUGUACAGAGUUAUCCAGGAUUCUACUCAGUAUGGAUUCUUGAUGGCGCUAGGAUUCAUUGUGACGCAAAUAUUAUUCGUUACCUUCGAUCUGUUGGUAUCAUUCCAAUCUUUCUCCCUGCAUAUUGUCCAUUUUUUAACCCAAUAGAAAUUAUUUUUGGACUAAUCAAGAAAGAUUUACAACGAUACUAUCACGAAAACUCGUCAAACUCACGGUCAGUUCUAUCGGAAGUUUGUGGUGCAAUAAAUCGUUUCAAGAUUUACCCUUGUUCCAAAAUAUUUGAACAUUGUGGUUAUCUUCCCGGUGGUGUAUUCUUACCGGAAAAGGGCCUAAGCCAGUCACUUAAAAAUAUGAAUUUUAAUAUUACCCCAGAAUAGAUUAAGAUUAGAAACAAUA